AUGUCGAUCUUAUAUGGUCAGCAGGCGAGUUUCGAUGUUUUUGUGUUUCACGACGCCGCAGGCAAACAGCGUAGUCAAACUGGUGCCGCCAUAACCCUCUUGCCUCAUGUUGCAUCUCACAAUGUCGACCAAAAGUUGUUAAUACACCAGACCUUCAGCGAUGGUCAUCCGUCCUCCGUAAAGUCCCUGAUUCAGGUGGUUGGUUCGCACCGUUAUGUGAAGCCCCAGGUCUUUGCUGAAUGCGUGAUUGAUUUGGUGCACCUGUUUGAUAUAAAGUCCAAGGGUGCGAUAAGCUUUCCUCUGGACACCAGGCUGGACCCCAAUGCCAGCCUGACCUUUUCCGUGAUGGUGACAAAUUUCUCGUUUUCCGGUUCGUUCUCAAAAUCUCCUUUGUCAUCUGUAUUAGAAGACUCUGUUGUUGCGUCGUCCACUUUAUCGUCCAUCGCGGAGAGUGUGCUGGAGUACCAGGGCUUGAACGCAUCCACCGCGGACACGGGGGUCAGGUCCCACGGGUUGCGUCGCCUGGAGAGUGCUGACAUUUACCGCACGAUAAACAAGAUGGCAACGAAGCUAUCGCGCAUAGAGAACGAUAUACAGCGCAAAACGUUGAAGCUAAACAAGAUAAACCGUAAGAACUUGGAUGAGGUCAAUGGACUUCGCUCUCGCCUGGAGGACCAAAUAGCCCUGAAGGACCAACAAAUUAGGAUUCUCACCACCCAGCUGGACGAGAUGCACACCGCCCUUGCGCUCUCCCACGAGCGCGAGUUGGAGUUGGGCGGCUUCGUGCUUGGGCGAAGGGAAUUUAGUGGCAAUGAUGCGAUGGAAUUUCGGGAAGGGGGCAUGUCAAAGGUGGGAGCCUUCCCGGAGUCUGCAAGCGUUCGCUACGAUUUCAACCGUAAUGAAAGCGUCACACCGGCAUCUGUUAGGGGCUCAGAGCGCCAUUUUACGAAACACUCCGGGGGGGAAGAGCUAUUCACGAACAAGGAUCGAGACAAUCUGUCCCUUCUCCAGAAGCAGCGGCUAACCCCGAGCUGGCACACCUGUGACAACGGCGAUAUUCUGAAUAAUAGCGUGCCUCACCUAGGUGAGCGUCCCACAGAGCGUUGGGUAACAAUAUUUGCAGGUACACAAGUUACGAAGUGCGGGUACGGGGACACUGCUUUUGCCGGAAGGAGGCACAGCAACGAACGCGUUGCCAAGCAGGUCGUUCCUUUGUCAUGGGUGAGAGGCAAGAUAUCAAGUGAGCUAAAUGCGCCUCGUGGGAUAAUGCGCACCGCAAGUGCCACGCCCCCGAUGAAGGCUGUGUUGCCGUACGUACAUCGCGCAUCUGCGGAUCCAAAGAGCCCGAAGCACAUUACCUCGAUACAGCACAGCAGCGGCCGCGAGAUACACGCUUCUAACACGAGACUCACGCAUGAGCUGCGCACGCCAGGCACGACAGUGCUUCCCCUUGGAAAAAUACCUGCGUUGAUUCACCGCAAUCUAGGCGCGAGAUUACCCCAGGAGGCCGGCGGAGUGAUGCCUGAUCUCCCCAGGAGCAUUGUUCGCCCGUUGGCGCCCUCCGUCAGCGGGGCUACCGCUCCGGUCGCCUCCACUCCUUCUUCACAGCUCUCAGUGGUUGCCCCUGCGGAAACGAAGUCGCGAAACAGUCCUGUCUCUGAUGUUAACGACGACCGCGACACUACGAUCGUUCGCCUGGAGCGUGACCUGAUAACUACGAAGGUGGCACUGGCCGACAGCGAAACCCAGCGCGACAUCGAAAUUGCCAAGAUCCUCACCACCGCGGCACACACCUAG